CUAAAGUAUGAGAGUGAACGUGUUCAUCCCACUAGACUGCCUCACUAAAAGCUCGCACCACCCCACGGCCGGUCUCGUACGGCAGCUCCGAUGCACACGGCGUUCCUUUCGCUAGGCCCACGUCAGCCACAUCGAUCCUGCUUCACGACUCUUACGCCGCUUUCCGUCUUUAAUGUCUUUGCGCUUCUUUUAACCACAAAGAAACUGUACAACACCAAGCUGCGGCUCGAUGCACAGCACCCAAAAACCUUUUUGCUUCACACGCGAUAUCUGCAUCCAUACUACAUCAUUUGCGGGGAGUUUUGGGCUUUUUGCUUAUCCCCUACGAGACAUAAUUUGGGGCUUUGAGCUUUCUUUGGCAUAAAAUGCAAUGCGAGGCGUUAGGAGGAUCGAGUCGACACUGAAGUAGUGUCCUUUGUGC